GAGCUCCUGAAGUUAUUCUCGGUAUUUCUUAUUCUACUUCGAUUGAUAUGUGGAGUUUUGGUUGAAUCCUCUAUGAGCUACAUAAUGGCUAUCCUCUCUUUGCUGGAGAGAACGAAAAUGAGCAACUCCAAUGAAUCAUGGAGGUGAAGGGAACACCUCCAUAUUCCGUAUUAGCUGCUGCUUCAAGGCGGAAGACCUUCUUUGAUAAAAAUUAUAACCCAAUUCUAGAGCCUAAUUCUCAUAACAAAGUCAGAAAACCUGGAGAGAAAAGCCUAGCAGAGUUGAUGAAUUGAGAAGAUGAAUCCUUCGUAGACUUUAUCGACAAGUGAAUAGAAUGGAAGGUUGAAGAAAGGCUUACUCCUGAAACUGCUCAACAACACCCCUGGAUUCGGGAGGGCUUAAAAGAAAUUGCUAAAAAUAACAGUAAAUAUGCUGAAAACAAGAAGGCUAAAGAAGCAUCUUAA